UGACUCCAGCGAUUAUGCCACAUCGUACUCGAGGGAUACCUGAACUUGCUAAAAAGUGAAGCGAUAGUCAGUAAUUUCUCCUGAGCACCAUCGUCACAGUGGAGUGGUGGACACCGAAGAUAUGAGAACCAUGUGGAACCCACCAAACAUUGACAGCGAACAGACCAGGCAGGUGACUGCCAGGAUGGAGACCACACCAGCCUUUGGCACCCCCAGUAUCUCUGUGUCUCAGCAGCAAACCCCCAAGAAGUUUGCACCUGUAGUUGCUCCCAAGCCAAAGUUCAACCCCUCCAAGCAGCUGGGAGAUCUGGUCCACACAGAGGCUGAAGGUGAAUACCCUCCUCCACCCCCACCCUCUGAUGAUCUGAGUGGUCUCUCAUCACCCCCUGGGGCCUUCCCUCCGCCUCUGUCCUAUGAAGGAGACCCUGUCAGUGUACAGAUGAAAGGACCAGAGAGGACUCUGGAAGAGAGACGGUCCAGCCUGGACGCUGAGAUUGACUCCCUCACCAGCAUCCUGGCUGACCUGGAGAGCAGUUCUCCCUACAAGCCCAGAAACCAGCAGAACUACGGUGGCUCUCCGGUGACCAGUGCCAGUUCUUCAACACCAGUCACCGUACACAAGCGCAUGGUCAUCCCACCCCAGCCACCUCUGACGGCCACCAAGAGAUCCACCACAAAGCCCCAGACACCAGCAGCCCCUGUGCCCCCAGCAGCCUCUAACCCCAUAGCCAAGCCUCAGUUCCAGACCAUGCCCCAGACUAUACCGGCCUCCUACGACACCCCCAGCCAGCCCACCUUUAGCGUGCAGGCGAAGGCUGCCUUGCCCAAUCCUCAAUACCAGUCCCCUGGGGCGCAGCAGCGCCCCCAGCUGCAGCCCACGGCCAUCCAGCCCCAAAGUAACUUUACCUAUGGGUCCCUGCAGCCAGGGUACGCCCCUGCUCCCCAAAUACAGCAUCCUGGGUCAGAGGGGCAGGGCCUUGUGUAUGGAGGAGGCCAGAAUACCUGGAAACCUCAGCCUAGCUACCAGGCUGCCCCUGCCAGCCAUGGGUACCAGCCUCCUACCCCCAAGAAGACGUACAUCACCGACCCCCAGCCCACCUCCGCUCCAACACCCUUGGCCCAGUAUGGCUCUGCUCAGCCUAAGGGCCAGCCAGACGAAGAGCUGGACCGCCUUACCAAGAAGAUGCUCUACGAUAUGAACAACCCCCCAGCUGAAGAGUACUUUGGUCGCUGCUCCUGCUGCGGGGAGAACGUGGUGGGAGAGGGCACGGGCUGCACCGCCAUGGACCAGGUCUUCCACGUGGACUGCUUCGUCUGCAUCACCUGCGGCCUCCAGCUGCGUGGGAAGCCAUUUUACGCCGUGGAGAAGAAGCCGUACUGCGAGCCCUGCUACAUUGACACCCUGGAGACCUGCACAGUCUGCACCAAGCCCAUCAUGGAGCGGAUCCUGCGGGCCACAGAGAAAGCCUACCAUCCACACUGCUUCAUCUGCGUUGUCUGCCAGCGCAGCCUGGAUGGCAUCCCCUUUACUGUGGAUGCCAGCAACAACAUCCACUGCAUCGAGGACUUCCACAAGAAAUUCGCUCCUCGCUGCUCUGUGUGUAAGGAGCCCAUCAUGCCGGCCCCAGGGCAGGAGGAGACGGUGCGCAUUGUGGCUCUGGACCGAGACUUCCACGUGCAAUGUUACCGCUGUGAGGACUGCAGCUCCCCUCUGUCUGAGGGGGACAACCAGGGCUGUUACCCACUGGAUGGCCAUGUCCUCUGCAAGAGCUGCAACACCAUCCGCAUCCAGGCGCUCACUGCAAAGGCCACCACCGACCUCUAAGGGAUCCCGCCCUCAGCCCCUCCCUCCCCUCCUCCCUCCCGCACGCUCUCGCACACAUGCACCCCCUACUAUCCUCAGCUUCUCCCUUGCUCACAUGCAUGUCUCGCUUCUGAAGGAGCCCAAGUCAGUGUCUGUAGAGACAAAGGAAUGUUUCUGCAGGUGGGAAUGUCUCAGUGGUGACAUGGACUCAAGCUAAACUACCUGCUGUUGUUUCGAUAUCCAUUCCAGUUCCAUACUUCAGAUUCUCUGUUUAUGUCAUCCACAUGUGUAGGACGAACACCCGUGCUUCUGCCUCACUCCCACUCAUCCCAUGCUGAGCGCAGCAUUGACUCCCUAUGCCAUGAUGUGAACAUGAGGGCUACCCUCCAGCCGACUUGUCUGUGACCACACCACUGCACUAACAGAAACACAGCUGGACAUAACACUUACUGCCUGUUAGUUCAGUAGCAAGGGGCCAUGCACUUUGAUUUACAGUGCUUCUAAUGCAGUGCAUAGAAUGUGCCACUUUGAAUGGUAGCAUUGUUAUUAUUCUUUUUACUAUAAUGUCAUUAGCUUUAUGAUGGGAAAGUAUACUCAGUUUAUUAAAAUCACACACUCACUCAUUUUAUCCAUGUAUAAAACUAUAUGACUAUGUAUAACCGCUUCACAUUAGCAAAUCCAGGGCAAACACCAAGUUGCCUUCCACCCCCCACCAGUUGGCCUUUUACUUCAUAGAAUUUUAUGUGCUGGUUCUAAAUGUCUUACACAAAAGACUUUUUUAAUCAAGGAGUCCAAGCAGAAUGAUUAGAAAAAAUGUAAGUCUUUUUGAUCCCUUAAGGCAGAAUCCUGGAUUCAAUCUGAGAACACUUGCACCGCUCUUGUCAUUUACUAAAUGUAUUGUACUUAUUUAAAAGUUACUUUUUUGUUCAGUGUUUAGCUAACUGAUUGCAUUCAUUCAAGUAACUAUCAAGCACACGCUGUUUUGUAAGUAUAAAAGAUGCCAUAUAUGCCAUAUGCCAUAUGCUUUUAUUCAUUAUUUACGGACAAGGGAAAAGUGCAUUGCAGUUAACCUGGGCUAUAUUCUCUAUUUUGGCUUUCAAGUAACAUUGAAAUUACUGCAGAAAUUUCAGUAAGUCUGGAAAUACCACCAAAACAAAACAUUUCUCCAAAGAUGUUAAAUAAAACAACACAUAUUCAAUAUAUGAAAAUAUUUAAUAACACAAGUUAUCAAUAUAAAUACAGUUUACUCUAUGUAUAUUGUCAUGUAAGUGUGUGGCAACAUUAAUUUGGAUGUAUAAAAUAUUACCAGGGGAAUAAAAAUAUUUUCAUGGGGUAGAAGUUUUAGAUGUUUCAAGUUUUAUCUGAAUCGUUUUAUCUGUAGCCUGUCAACUUCAAAUGUUUAAACCCAAGCAGAAUCUUAACCCAGACUUCACAGGACUGCCAUUCAACACAGCACACCUGUUUUACUUCCCCUAGCUUGAACACUCACAUUACUGAUAUUCAAAGAAUGUUCCAUAAGUCCUUUUGAGGAAGUAAGACAACAUAACUUGACAUUAACUUGUUUUUAAUGUCAUUACAGUGGAUAUUUACAGGACAUUCACAUGGUCCUAGUCUACAGGAAAGUGUUUUUGUUGGUUCUGCCCCAACAUUUUUAGGAGCGUUGUAUCAAUAUUCCCUUUUGAGGGGUGGUCAUUCUAUACAUCUGUGGUCAAUUCGCUAGUUCCCAGUUGUGAUUUUUGCUGUCUUUCAACUCCCAUCCACUCUCUACAAUGAGUCUGUGGCUUUUCGAAAGAAAUUUGUCUUUUAGUUCAGGAAUGAGAGGUACCAGAUGGUACAAUGCUGACAUGACUGUUAUAUGCAAUUGGCCACAGUGUUAUGGCCAACUUUUCCUGACAUACUAAAUUUUUAGUGUGAAAUGCCCCCAAGACACUUUCCUCUUUGUAUCUCUUCCUGUUGAACCCAUUUCCUAAGUUUUUAACUCCUUUAACCUUUUAAGAACUUUCUAUUAGUUCUACUUGCCAUUUUUAUGAAUGUUGUCCUCUGCAAAACCUGUAACAGCAACACCAGGUCAUUCUGUAUGUCACCAGAUCUGAUCUGGUCAAUGUGAUUUAUGUUUCAUUGUAUCACAUAAUACAUUCAUUAU